AUGUGGCCGUCACUGUGGAGAUGCCUCCUGCCUGUUCUGCUUUCACUGUGGCCUGUGACUGGCCAGCUACUGGAUUGCCAGGAACACAGCAAAUGCCUGGAAAUGUCCUCUGUGCCGCAGCUGAAGGAAUGUACUGAUGGCUGCAAAGUGGACGAGAACAUGGAAUCCCCAAUCUACCCUGGCAACAGCCAGCUUCAGCCCAUCGAAGAGAACAUCCGGAAUUACGUCAUGGGUCACUUCCGCUGGAACAAGUUUGGAAAGAAGCGAGACAACAGCACAGAGUUAUCCGUCAGCAAGCAAAAAGGUGAAGGGGUCAGAGGUAUGCUUGUCCAGUUCCCGUACCUAGACACACAAGCUCCCAAGAGGGGAAGUGAAGACAUGGGCACCCAGUUUUCCAAGCAGAAUGAUAAAAGGUCCUACUCGAUGGAACAUUUCCGUUGGGGAAAACCAAAGGGCAGGAAGAGGAGGCCCAUCAAAGUUUCCCCAAGAAUCCUUGAAAAUGAACCACAGGAGAAUGUGGGGCCAGAAUUCAAGCGCCAAGAGUCUGUCGACUUUGACUACCCAGCAGAGACUUUAGAAGUGCGUGACUUGGAUCUCCAUGGAGGCACCAAGAAGGAUGAGAAGAAUUACAAAAUGACCCAUUUCCGAUGGGGCAGGGGUCCGAAGGAUCACAUGUAUUUCACCAACCAAGAAGACAUGCUCCAGGAAAGCCUGGAGAGUGGCCUGCCUGAGGAAGAUGUGAAGAAAGAUGCGAAGUACAAAUUCGGUCACUUUCGGUGGAGUUCCCCACUCAAAGACAAGCGCUAUGGAGGCUUCAUGAAAUCCUCAGAUGAAAGGGGCCAGAAACCUCUAUUGACCCUUUUUCGGAAUGUCAUCAUCAAGGAUGGCCAGGAAGCCAAGGCUUUCCACCAAUAG